UUCUUUGUGAGAGUUCACUUCAGCUGCACUGGCGCUGAAAGCGAGCAGCCCUGUGCCACUCAUCAAAGCAGCAGCAACGGUUCCAAUUGGUGUUCAAAUUGGUGUACUGUAGGACAUGGAGGAUGUGCUCAGAUGUGAUAACAUAGCCGGGUUUAGCAUCAUGUCUAGCCAAUAUUCAAAUCGUGCCUAAGGACGGCGGUGGAUGGCAUCAUUCGACCAAAAUGGUGUGUUUACCUGUGUUGCUUUCCGCCAUUAUUCAGUUAGCCUUUCUACAACUGAUUUACGCCAACCCCUCUGUUCGAGGAUGUUCAAAGCGAGGAAUAGAACUCUCCUGCCCGAUGGACACCAGGAUUGCCAUCACGGAUUCCAAGUUGACGCCCUGCGACUUCACCAGCGGCGGCUCGGUCGGAGAGAAUGCCAUGUGGAGUCAGUGCAACUUGAGGCAGGGAUGUGGCUUUGAGGGAAUGUUUCUCACCGAAGUAGAUGUGUCUUACAAAUGUGUGCCGUACAUCCCUGGCUACGUUCACGACAUGUGCGCAGCCCAUGUCGAAGACAGUCCCCUCCUCUACCUCAGCAGCCCGCAUUACGCCAGCCCAGGGAAGCGGGCGCCCUGUAUAUGUGGCGCCUUCAUGACAAAACCGACCAACAUCACAAUCUACAUCUCUAAUGAUCUCCUCGAGGACCAGGAACUCUCUAUUGAGAUGGACGGCAGGACAACCAUCCAUGUGACCCAACAAACUCCGGGGAAAGAGUAUGGCAGGCUCACCAGGACGGUCCAAACUUUCAUCAGAUUUGGAUUCUUUAACGGGAAUCCCAGGAUGGGCGGAAGCUUCUUGUUGCUGUAUGAAGUAGAAGGGGACAGAGCGAUCAAGUUCAGUUGUGAGAAAGUGCCCGUUGCUCCGGUAUUCCCGAGUCGUGGCCCACAGACGAGCACAACCUACCAUCUCCCGCCAUGGCCAGGCCUUUCCACAGAGAGACCAUCCUUCGCGACUACUUCACCUGUCAGUCAGCAAAGCUCAGAAAACGACGAUAAGAUGGUCCCCAUCCUUGGAGCAGUCAUCCCGGUCGUGUUGAUAGGCGUGGUGGCUGGUCUUAUCACAAUCUUCACAUGCAGACGCAGAAGAAAUAGACAGCCAAAAAAGAAGAUCGUUGCUUCUGUAGCUCUGGAUUUGACCAUCGCAAACAAUCUGGAAAAGCUAAGACGUACCGAGGGUUCAACGAGUCCCGACGUCAUGAUGAACAGAACCUACGGAUUGGUUGAAGGGGACAACCUCAUUACCUCUACCACAAGACCAGAUAACCGCCAACAGAAGGAAUAUCACUACGCUUGUGUUGACUUGGAGGAAGCAAAAUACGCCAAUGACUUAGGUGAUAGAAAGUAUGCCAAUGUGAGUAAGGGUACUUCUCUGGCAAUAGAUGGUGCAAUAGACAGCGAGGGUUGUAUUGAAGGUGCGGCGCAGGGUGGGACAAGGGGUAAAAGAGGGCGGAGUGGCCCUGUUCCUGCCCCAAGAACGCUGAAACCGGGAGAGGACAAGGCCAAGCAUUUUUAUUCGAACUUCGAAACAGCUGAAUACAUCAAAUGCACGAACCUAGAACGAGAGGAACUGAUGAAGGAAAAUGACCUCUUUCAGGAGAUACGACAGACAUUGAAAGAUAGAGCGAAAGGGGGCGCCCCUGUUCCCGCACCAAGGGGCAGUAAACGGACGCCUGAUCCUGGACGUUUUUAUUCUAACUUGUCAGGCGACAGGGACCAGCUCCCAUCCGGUGUGAGGGGCCAACUGCAAUCUGCUAGUUCUACAGGCAGCCACGGCGAUACAUUCCAAAUCCAUGACAUCGACCAAUCAAUGGACAGUGGGUAUAAUGACCAGCAGGUGGCGCUCGACGAUUUAGCUGGAUAUCAACCAAUCGAAUUUGGCAACGUCGGUAGGCCGACUGGUACAAUCCAACAUGGCCGAGUUUUCAAUGUUGAAAGGAACUCAAAAUCGGACCAAACUUCGCCUGAAAGAGAUUUGUCACAAACUGAGUGCACUAUGAUAGAGAACGACUUGUAUGAAUCUGCUGAUGGUCCUGAGAGGGAUGCUGGUUUGGUACAUGAUUCCGAGGGCGAUGAAGAGGGUCUCCUUAGCGACAACGAACUGUACCAAGCCGUGGACGUGAGUGCAGGAGAGGUGCAGGCGAUUAUGAAGGAGAACGAUAUCUACCAACCUCUCAAUAUGUGUAGAGAGAGUUACAUGAAAGAAAACGAUAUCUACCAGGAUUUCUAGUAUUCAGAUUUGCCAAACAAUAUACUUGUA